GGCCGGGAGGACGUUCGGCCUCUGUGAGCCGCAGCCUUCCCCGGGAGAGGUUGUGAUUUCGCCAUCUUAGGGAGGAUGUUCUCGUCCGUGGCGCACCUGGCGCGGGCGAACCCCUUCAACGCGCCCCACUUGCAGCUGGUGCAGGACGGCCUCGCGGGCUCGCGCAGCCCCGGCCCGGACGCGCUUCCCAGCCAGCCCCGCCGCUCCCGCACCCUGGCGGCCGCCGCGGUGGAAGAAUACAGUUGUGAAUAUGGCUCCAUGAAGUUUUAUGCACUGUGUGGCUUUGGUGGGGUCUUAAGUUGUGGUCUGACACACACUGCUGUCGUCCCCCUGGAUUUAGUGAAAUGCCGUAUGCAGGUGGACCCCCAGAAGUACAAAGGCAUAUUUAAUGGAUUCUCAGUUACACUUAAAGAGGAUGGUGUUCGUGGUUUGGCUAAAGGAUGGGCUCCGACUUUCAUUGGCUACUCCAUGCAGGGGCUCUGCAAAUUUGGUUUUUAUGAAGUCUUCAAAGUCUUGUAUAGCAACCUACUUGGAGAGGAGAACACCUAUCUCUGGCGCACAUCCCUGUAUUUGGCUUCCUCUGCCAGUGCUGAAUUCUUUGCUGACAUUGCCCUGGCUCCCAUGGAAGCUGCUAAAGUUAGGAUUCAAACCCAACCAGGUUAUGCCAACACUUUGAGGGAUGCAGUUCCCAAAAUGUAUAGGGAAGAAGGUUUAAAUGCAUUCUAUAAGGGGGUUGCCCCUCUCUGGAUGAGACAGAUCCCAUACACCAUGAUGAAGUUUGCCUGCUUUGAACGUACUGUUGAGGCAUUGUACAAGUUUGUGGUCCCCAAGCCCAGAAGUGAAUGUUCGAAGGGAGAACAGCUGGUUGUAACAUUUGUGGCUGGUUACAUAGCUGGAGUCUUCUGUGCAAUUGUUUCUCACCCUGCUGAUUCCGUGGUAUCUGUGUUGAAUAAAGAAAAAGGUAGCACUGCUUCUCAGGUCCUCCUGAGACUUGGAUUUAGAGGUGUUUGGAAAGGACUCUUUGCCCGUAUCAUCAUGAUCGGCACCCUGACUGCCCUGCAGUGGUUCAUCUACGACUCUGUGAAGGUCUACUUCAGGCUGCCUCGCCCUCCUCCACCUGAGAUGCCAGAGUCUCUGAAGAAGAAGCUCGGGUUAACCCAGUAGAUGAUCAAAGCAAUGUGGACUGAAUCUGCUUGUUGAUCAGUGUUGACAAAGUGCAAAAGGAACUUUUAUAUAUAUUUGACAGUGUAGGAAAUUGUCUACUCCUGAUAACAUUACUGUAGUGCCCUUGCAUAAGGCAAGAGUUUCAAAGUUACUAUUGAAAUAAACCCAACUGCUCAUGAAAAAAAAAAAAA